GAAGCACACUUCGCGUAGUCGAAUGUACGCGGUCUGCGCUUUCAUCGACGUAACUCGGAAUUGUUUUAUAAAUUACUGAUUAAUUAUAGGGAUCUUUUAAAGACAAUAUUUUAAUAUCAUAUAUGAGCGACUUGUAAAAAAUAUUAAUUUACGACUGUGGAAACAAAUUGGCACUCUACUCCAUUGGUGUUAUAAAAACACAAACAAUUGGACAGUGUUUUGGAAAAGCAUAUAAUGGAUAGUGAACUGAUUCAAACUGUGACUUAAUUAAGUGCAAUUUAUAGUUUUAUUAUGUAGCUGUAAAAGGCGAAGACAAAAUGAAGAUCUUUACCUUAUUAGCCGUUUGCGCGUUGACCUCGGCGUACAAGAUUACUCAACUGAAAGUCCCGCUCUACGCAGACCCGCGUCGCGCGGCUGAGCUUAGCUGUCACUUCCAAAUGGAUGACCAGAAGUUGCACUCGGUCAAAUGGUACCGAGACAUGCACGAGAUCUUCCGAUAUAAUCCGUCACAAAAGCCUUCGAUCCGCCUUUUCAAUGUGACCGGUAUCAUGGUGCAAGGCGGGGAGUGCCAGGCGGAGUGGUGUAUGGUGAGAGUGAUGCCGCCGCCUGUCGCUGCGAGAGCCGCUUACAGCUGUGAAAUAUCCACUGAGGGACCCAAGUUCCAGAUAGCGCGGCAGACUAAGCAUAUGACUGUUGUCGCGAUGCCAGAGAGAGAUCCUGUUAUUAUAGGAGCACCCAAAUUAGUGAAGCCCGGAGAACAAAUACUACUCAAUUGCACCUCGGAUUACUCGCUGCCACCUGCUGAUAUCAAUUGGUAUAUUGAUAACGACCUCCAGAAGCAAGAACCUUGGCACCACACCGAGCUGACCGCACCUCAGGAAGGAGGCCUACGUGCGUCUUGGCGUGUCCUGCGCGUCCCGGUUCCUCCAGCGGAAAGCGGUUCGUUAAGCGUGCGAUGCGAAGCCGUCCUGCCCGUGGAACCACCGGUCAUUCGCGACGCUGGUGCUGUCCUCACUCUCUACUCUCGUACACAACUCUCAAAAUACGUCUCCAGUUCAGGUACAAGCUUCGGACUUCAACUCAGUUUUUUAUCAUAUUUGUAUUCUAUAUUGGAGAUAAGUUUAUGAGGCUCACAAUGAACAGAACAGGUGAUAUUAGUGUUUCUUUGGCCCAAUUGUCCAAACAAAAUAACGACUUUACCAUUUUGAGUAAAAUAUAUUCUUUAAAUUAAAAAUUAUUAAUAACACCAGCCAAAUGAGAACAUAAAAUACAGCUCUAGUUCUCAAAUAUUCAAAAGCUACUCAAAUAUUAUUAACGACAAGUUAACGUAAGGUUUCUGAGGCCAUCCUAUAUUUGAUUGGCUUUUGUGCAUUUGGACUUCAGAUACGUCAUAGAAGGUUAUAGUAUCACUAUGAGUGCUAUAAUAAAAUUGUACAGUAAUAUUAUAUGUUAUGACUUAGACAUAAUUUAUUUUUUGUAUUUGGAGCUGGAGCGAUUUAUUUGGUAUCUUCAGUGCACUAUAGAGUUGUCAUAGGUAUUGAUGUUUCUAUUUAUAUAAUUACAUUUAUUUUUCUCUUAUCCUCUUGAAAAUAUGAACAAAUGAAUGAAUUAACUUAUGAAUCAAACCGAGAUGUUUUUUUUUAAAUAUAUGAAACCUUCGUAUCUAAACUGCAAAAAAAUUUUCACGCUGUUGUCAUAUCAUAUCUUAUAAUAUAACCACGUUGCUUUUACCUCAAAAAGUAUCUUAUUAAUACUGAGUAGUUGGCAUGACUCACGGACUUGAAUUAUAUAAAUUCAUUCACAAAUUAAUGUCAACUACGCCUCGAUCUCCGACCGUCCCUCAUAGGAUAGCCAAUAUGCUACUACUUUAACAUUUUUAAUUACAACUUUAGAUUUAUCUUACUUUUACAUCUCUAAUAUACUUUACUUAACCGUUUUUUGUUUGUUUAUUGUUUUUACUUUAGUGAUAAUUUCCGGAGUUGUUCUAUAUGAUAAAUUAGUAUUACAAUUAUAUUUAAUAUAUGGCUGUGUUUCACAUAAGGUAAUGUCAAUUCUUUGCACGAAA